CCGGGGGCAGCGCCGGAGCCCGGGGGGAGCGCGGCCGGCCGGCCAGGGCAGGGGCAGCUAGGACGGCCCCGGUCCAUCCAGGCGGAGGCCGCAGAGGGCCCGGGGCCGGCAGAGGCAGCGAUGGUUGGUCCUGACGGUGGCUGAGCCCCCCGCCCCUGGAAUAUGCAGCCCUGGGGAGCCCCAGGCAGCGGCAAGGACGCGGUGGCGGAGUGGGGCGGGAGGCAUGGUCUCCACCUACCGGGUGGCCGUGCUGGGGGCGCGAGGCGUGGGCAAGAGUGCCAUCGUGCGCCAGUUCCUGUACAACGAGUUCAGCGAGGUCUGCGUGCCCACCACCGCCCGCCGCCUCUACCUGCCUGCUGUCGUCAUGAACGGCCACGUGCACGACCUCCAGAUCCUCGACUUCCCGCCCAUCAGCGCCUUCCCUGUCAACACGCUGCAGGAGUGGGCAGACACCUGCUGCAGGGGACUCCGAAGCGUCCACGCCUACAUCCUGGUCUACGACAUCUGCUGCUUUGACAGCUUUGAGUACGUCAAGACCAUCCGCCAGCAGAUCCUGGAGACGAGGGUGAUCGGCACCUCGGAGACGCCCAUCAUCAUCGUGGGCAACAAGCGGGACCUGCAGCGUGGACGCGUGAUCCCGCGCUGGAACGUGUCGCACCUGGUGCGCAAGACCUGGAAGUGCGGCUACGUGGAGUGCUCGGCCAAGUACAACUGGCACAUCCUGCUGCUCUUCAGCGAGCUGCUCAAGAGCGUCGGCUGCGCCCGCUGCAAACACGUGCACGCCGCCCUGCGCUUCCAGGGCGCGCUGCGCCGCAACCGCUGCGCCAUCAUGUGAGGCCGCGGGCACCUGCAGCUGCGUCGGGGCGGCAGGAGCGGCUCCAGGCCACAUCUCCCAGUGACAGGUAGAGGCGAGAGGGAGCCUCCCGGUCACCGCGCACUCCCCUCCCGCCUCGCCGGCCGGUCUUCCUGGGACAGCCGCCUUCAGGCUGUAGUCAGCGCCGUACCCAGCCUGGCCUGAAGGGGCGCCCCAGCCCUUGGGGGUUGGGGGUGAGUGCGUGAAAUGCAGAGGGGCUGCCUUAGCCGGGCCCCAUCCGUCUUCUCCCGAGUGUGUCUGUCAGUGCCCCGCGUCUGUUGGUCCUCCCCUGUGUCAGCCGCCCUCCUGUGCCCCUCUCCGCCCCCAGCUCCGUUCACAGGGCUCUCAUCUCCUCCAUCCCCCUGGCUGCAGAUCCUGGCAGCCGGCUCUUCUAAAAGUCAGCAGCACCGGCACAGGGCAGAGAGAUGGCGGGUGGCCCAAGACCACGACCAGGGGGUCGGAGAGUUGAGAUCCGGGAUCAGAUAGGGGGAGAAGGCUGAGCUCUCCCUCCUUUGGGGAGACCUCUCCUGCCAGCAGCCCCCAGAGACACAACCACCUACCUUCCAGCCUUAACUCGAUGGUCCGUCCCUGCCGGGUACCCCGUCCCUUCUUCCUCACCCCAAGGCCAGAUCACCCUCUGAGUUAAGACUUUUUAUUUUCUUUGACAGAGUAUGCAAUGGGAAUGCCCUGAAGGACAGAUCCCUUUCCGCGAUGCCAGGUUCAAGUCCCCCAUCCCCUCCUGCACUGGGGGAGGUGGAGUUCUAGGGGCUGGUGGUGGGGAGGGUGGUGCCCAGGGGGAGCCGGCUUGCAUCAGUGAAGAUGCUCUCUCCCUGCCCCACCAGCCGGACUGCCCAGGCCCUGGCUAAUCUGAGGAGAGCAGCCCCCACAGAGAAUCAUAGGGAUGCCCGUGCUUGGGGAGCUAGCCUGCAUCCCCACCCUUGGGUGGAGGCCCUCAGGAUCUGACACCCCCGUCCCCACACCAGUUAGCCCUACGCCCUAACUCACACUCCACCCCAUUUUCUUCGGCUGCCUGGCCGGGUUUCUACCUCUCGUCACCGGAGCUGAUCACUGUCAGUUUUGUACCAAUUUAGAAAUAACAAUAAUAGUGAAGAUUCUAGGAAUGGCCUGAGGGGUUCUGGGGGAUGUGGAGGGAGGGAGAAGUGGUGCCGUGUCCCCGCCGCCCCCUCCCCGGCCACCUGGCCUGGCAUUGUUAGAAGCAGGGCAGGCAGGACAGCUCAGCUGUGGUCAGCCUCGCUGAGGCUGUGGGGCACUGCCCCCAAGAUCCUGUCGCCCGGGAUGGUGAUGGCAGGGAGUCGGGAGGGUCACGGGUGGAAAUUGGUCAUCGCGAUCCAGGGUGGGAGGGAAUCUGUGACUCUCUUCCUGCUUCCCCAGCCCAGCCCCACUCCCUCCACCCACUGGGGGUAGCACAGUCCUGCAGUGACCGCCCUGACUGUGGGCCGUCCAGUGUCCCUGGGUUCUAGUCCCUGCUGUGGCCUGCUCUCUCCGAGCCUCCCUCUGAAGCAGAGGCAGCGGCUCCCCUUCCCCACACUUCUGCGUGGCUGGGAGGGUACGAAAGAGGGCCUGCCCCCCAUUGUGCCUGCACCCCUGCCCCCCAGUUCACCAGGGGGCACGGGUCAGGGGUGGCAGCAUCUCACAUGUCCCACAACCCCCAACUCUAAGGCACCUGAGGUAGAGGUGGGGGCCUCAGGCCUCUGGCCACCCCCUGUGGGAGCCACUGGAAAGUCUCCCCUGAGAGGCCCCCCUCGCCCCUCCCCUCUACCCUAGGUCCAAUUUCAGGUCCCUCUACCCCCCAUGCUGAGUCUCUCUGUCCUCUCCGCUUGCCCCCAGGGUCUCCCACCACAGGGUCUGGAAGUGCGUGUGACACCCAUUGAGAUGUUAUUGGAAGUCAGAUUAAAAAUCAGGGAGUGUU